ACCGGUAAAAGACGAAAGUGAUGGUGUUUUAUUGAACAAAAAUGGUUGCGAUCGGUAUAGAUUUAGGUACGUCGUGUUCAUGUGUAGCCGUGUGGCGUGAUAAUGAUGUGCAUGUGAUACCCAACGAAGAAGGAAGUCUUGUAACUCCGUCCUACGUGGCGUUUACACAGCGAGAACGAUUAAUAGGAGAGCCCGCGAAAAAUCAAGCAUCCGUAAACGCGGUGAAUACGAUUUUCGGUGUGAAAAGAAUUAUCGGGUACGGGUUUUACGAACCCGGCUUGCAAGAGGAUUUAAAAUAUUUUCCAUACACAGUUCUAAAUGACAACGGUAAGCCGAAAAUACGUGUAAACUAUAGGGGUAUGAUAAAAUUGUUCGCGCCCGAAGAAAUAAGUGCUAUGAUCAUUUUCAGGAUGAAGCAGAUCGCGGAGAAGUUUUUAGGGUGUAAAGUUGAUAAAGCUGUCAUAACCGUACCGGCUUAUUUCAGUGACUAUCGGCGUCAAGCCACAAAGUUUGCCGGUCAGAUCGCUGGCUUAGAAGUUAUUAGGAUAAUUAAUGAACCGACUGCCGCCGCUUUAGCGUACGGCUUAAAUAAGGAUAUGAGUGGGGAAAAGAACGUACUUGUCUAUGAUUUAGGAGGUGGGACAUUUGAUGUGUCCAUUUUGAAUAUUGGUCAAGAUACUGUGUUUCAAGUGAAGGCAGCCACUGGUAAUAUUAGACUGGGGGGUGAAGAUUUCGAUAAUCGUAUCGUGACUCAUUUAAUUGAUGAUGUUCGAAAACGACACGGUAAAGAAGUAAAAAGCCCUCGAGCGUUACGGCGUCUUAAAACUGCUGCUGAAAGGGCUAAGCGAUUGCUAACGUCAGCUAACGUAGCUGUUGUCCAAGUAGAAUCACUUUGUGAGGGAAUCGACUAUCACGCGAAGAUCACCCGCGCCAAAUUUGAGAGACUCUGUUCAGACUUAUUUAAAGAUACCCUUCGAUACGUCGAAAGAGCGUUGGUUGAUGCUGAGACGACUAAAAGUGAUAUCAACGAUGUUAUAUUAGUUGGAGGUAGUACGAGGAUACCAAAGAUACGACAAAUGAUUAGUCAAUUCUUCGAUGGUGUAAACAUAACGAGUUCUGUCAAUCCGGAUGAGGCUAUUGCGUGCGGAGCAGCUAUACAAGCAGCUAUAGUAUCUGGUGACACAAGUGAGAGGCUAAAAAAUUUACUGUUAAUCGAUGUCUUGCCAUUGUCGUUGGGUGUUGAAACGGGUCACGGCUUAAUGUUCACCGUACUACGACGUAACACACCCGUACCGUGCAGCCAAGUUAGGGAAAUAACCACAUUAGAAGAUAACCAAGACGCUAUGAAUAUUGAAGUGUAUGAAGGAGAGAGAACUCUGACUAAAGACAAUAAUUUGCUUGGCUCGUUCGGCCUCUAUCAUAUACCGCCAGCACCAAGAGGAGUCGCCAAGAUUGAUGUCACGUUUGCGGUAGACGUAAACGGUAUAUUGACGGUUUCCACUGAAGACAAGACAACUGGUAAUUUUAAAAGUGUGACGAUAAGCAAUGCUAAUAGACUGACUCAACAAGAGGUCCGCAAAAUGAUUGCAGACGCUGAGAAGUUCAGAGAGGAAGAUGAGGAGAACAGGGUACGUUUGGAAGUGAGGAACCAGCUUGAAACGUACAUAUACAGCGCUAAGAGAAUCAUGAAUGAGAACACUGAAGUGAUAACUGCUGAAGAAUAUUGCGAUGUAACGGAUGAAUGUGCCAGACAAUUAACUUGGUUGGAAUUGAAUCCCGACAGUAUGCGGGAAGAGUAUGAAAGAAGGAUGUCAGAGUUAUUAAAUCGCUGGGGGUUGAUACUAAGGAGGGUUGAGCAGGCAGGACAAAGACACAAAAGACGUAAGAAGGAUUUUGGAUUCUCUGAUCCUGGCGAUCCAUAGGACACGUCAUAUGAUGAUUAUUAAAUAAGAGUUUCGACUUUUUCAACUUUUAUUCAUGCUUUAAACGAUUGUAAUGGUAUUGUUCACUAACUACGGACGAAGUAAAUGAAAACUUAAUUCAAGAAUGUUGAUCAUCUCUUAAUAUCAAUCACAGUAAUGAUGUAGAAGGAAAGCAAUGUAUUGACUGACACAUUGGUUUUAAGUUUUAAAGGAUUGAACCUGAAACAGUUGAAUUGAAAAUACGAUGUCAAAGGAAACUCGCCAAUAUUAAACACAUACCAUUUUGUACUAGAAAGGUGAAGAAAAUUCUGGAAGAAGGAUAUUCUCGAAAGCCAGUUUACUUCAUUUUUGCUCCAAAUAAAAUUCUAAUUAAAUUUUUUAGUAGAAACAACAAUUCGAUUAUAUUCCAAUCAUAUAUCAUUAUAUAUAAUUAAUUAAAAUGUUUAAAAUUUGCUACUCGAAAUAUGAUGAAAAUUUUAGAAGAAUCGGGUAUAUUAUAAAUAAAUAAUUAAUCAUUUACAAUGUAAUGUUCUUGAUAAUGAUGUAAUUUUUAGACAAUUCCAAAACAUUUGUCUGAUGGAGCUGUGAUUAUUCUAGUAUACAUAUAUUUGAUAUAUCCAUAAUUCUUGACUAUGUAUGACAAUACGUAUUAGUUAAUUUUGAAUU